AUGUUUCGCUCAAGUGUGAAGGGAGAUCUUUCCACUCUCUUCAGAAAGGCUUUACUCAACACCACCAUGACCUCCUCUUCCUCAAUAUCAACCACAACAACAUUUCCAUGGUCCAUCGGAAAGAGUACAGCCUCGACUACCAUCGCUAGCCUUCCCUUCAUGUCCGUUCCAUCCGUCAAUAAAACAAAAAAGACAGCCUUCUCUGGAGAUUAUCAAACUCCGAUUGCUGUUCAAUUGGCCAAUCAAAUGAAAACCAUUCCUUCGUUGGAUUUUGCCAAAAUAUUGAGUGAUCAGGUCAUGAUGAUGCAUAAUCAACAAGAAGAAGUACAUCAAGUGUUGGAUCAGUUGGAAGUUGUUGGAAAUGGAGUCAUUGCUCUCUCACUCCGAGAAGAAUACGUGAAACGAAAAAUUAUUGAAAUAUUUAAGGAAAAGAAGAAACGAGAAGAAAUCAAGUCCACCACCACUCCGAACGGAAUUGAUAAAAUCAAAGUAGUGGUGGAUUUUUCAAGCCCUAACAUGGCCAAGAGAAUGCACGUGGGUCAUUUGAGGUCUACCAUUAUUGGAGAUUGUAUUUGUAGAGUUUUGGAGAGAGAUGGAAGAUUUGAGGUGGAACGUGUGAAUCAUGUAGGCGACUUUGGAACUCAAUUUGGAAUGCUUCUCGCCUAUAUUGAAACAAAACAAGUGGAUAUUUCUUUUUUGAAAACUUUAGAACCAGCUCAACAAUUAGAAACUGUUGAAAAUUAUUAUAAGGAAUCGAAAAAAUUAUUCGACUCGGAUGAACAGUUUAAAAGUCUAGCUCAUCAAAAAGUCAUUCAAUUACAGCAAGGAAAUGAUGAAAACAUACAGUCAUUGUGGAAAUAUUUAUUAGAGUGCAGUAGAUAUGAAUUUGAUUCAAUUUAUGAGCGAUUGGAUGUGAAACUUGAAGAAAAAGGAGAAUCUUUUUACAAAACCUACAUUCCAUCUGUGUUGGAAAUGUUGAAACCAAUCAUUAAGGAGAGUAAAGGAGCAAGAUGUAUCUUUACAGAAGAUGACAAGAUUGAUCCCUCUUCGUCAACAAACACCGAAGAACCACCGCUCAUGGUACAAAAAGCAGAUGGAGGUUUCACGUAUGACACAACAGAUCUGGCAACACUUUGGUACAGAUUGAAUGUUUCUAAAGCAAAAUGGUUAAUUUAUGUUACUGAUUCUGGACAAGCUUUACAUUUUAAGCAUGUCUUUAAAGUUGGAGAAAUGAUGAAUUGGAUUGAUCCUGUGGAGUCAAGCAAAGAUAUUAUUUGGCAGGAAAACAUUUUAGAUAUUAUAAACUCUCCUAAAAAGGUGAGAAUUGACCACGUAGGGUUUGGAGUAGUUUUGGAUGAAGAGAAGAAGAAAUUUAGAACGAGGUCUGGAGAAACUGUCAAAUUACACGAUUUGCUUGAUGAGGCUGUGAAAAGAGCAUUUGAUAUUAUCAAAGAAAAGAACAUUAAGAGAUGCGAAGAAGACGAAAGUGUGAAACCACUCAGUGAUGAGCAAAUUAUGGAAGCAGCAAAAGUUGUUGGUUAUGGAGCUGUCAAAUAUGCAGAUUUGCGAACACACCGUUCAACAAACUACAUUUUCUCCUACGAAAAAAUGUUAGAUUUUAGAGGAAAUACUGCUGUUUAUUUGCUCUAUGCCUAUGCAAGAAUUUGCUCAAUAAUCGACAAGUCUGGAGAAAAAGAUUUGCUUCAAGAAUUGCAGCAACGAGCAGCUGAGGGAGAUUUGUCACUUUUUUCAGAUUUCAAAAACUCGAAAUCAGAAUGGAAAUUGUCCUUAAAGCUCAUUGAAUUCCAAGAUGUGCUGAACUUGGUCAUGGACAAACUUGAGCCCCACUAUUUGUGUGAAUAUUUGUUUGACUUGUCCAACGACUUUAGUGCCUUCUUUAGAGAUUGCAGAGUCAUCCAGGAAGAUAAAAAGCUGCAAAGAUCUCGACUGCUGUUGUGUGAAGCAACUGCACAAACGAUGAAACAAGGUUUUGAUUUGUUGGGCUUAAAAACUCUAAAUAGACUCUAA